AUGCCUCAUUUGGCAAACUAUUCCAACAGUGAAUUCCUUCAAUUUCAAGUGGGAGUGUUAAACGUAAUAGAAAACAUAAACAAACUAAAGGAAACUCCUCAUCUUCAAUCAAACAACCCCUCUUCUGCGUCCUCUUAUCAACCACAACCUCAGUACAUGCUUCAGCCAUCUCCCGUUAACCAACCGCAAGCAUUUGUCCAUGUUCAACAACCUCCAUUUCAACCUCAACAAUAUGCAAAUCCUAGUUUUUCGGGCUACGUUCAAGAUAGCGCACAACAGCUUCACUUUUCUCAAUAUGUACGUGAACAGCAAAAUCAAGCAAGGCCGACGCAGCAAUCAACGCCUAAACAAUCAGAUUCACAAUCCGAACUGGAUAAAGCAUCCGGAUCUCAGUACCUACAGGGAUUUAGUUACAGCGACUCAACAGCAACUGAAACUGAGCAUAGUCCGUCUAUUUCGGCUUCACGAGAUUCCUCGAUGUCUGAUAUAUUUUGA